AUGGCGAGCAACGAGCGCGAAAUAUACAACAUUUGCCGCUUUUGUUUGUGCCAAGACGAAGAAUAUCUCAUUCCCAUCACUAAAAUAUUGGACUCCACGCUUACGAUUGAUGAUGUGGAACGAUUUACCGGAAUACAGUUUAAUCCCGAUGAUGCUAUGCUGUACGCGAUGUGUUUAGAAUGUACAAAUAGUCUGAAAAACUCUGCCACCUUCCGGACCACCUGUAUGAACAACAACUCUAUCUUCCACGACCUAGUCUCUGUACUGACUACCAAUGCAGGAAGCAUAUACGGCGAUUCGGUCGAGUAUCUAGAGAGUGAAUUUGAAGAGGAGGAUGACAAGGAUUUGGAGAAAAUCGAUGAAAAACCGUUAACAACAUUUUCUAUCGAGCCGUUUUGGAGAAACAAAAGUAGCCCGCAGACCAAAUACGAAGAGGAGUACAUUCAGGACGGCCAAGAAGAUACGCUUACAAGCAACAACGAUGAGCAGAUGUCAAACGAAGAUGACUUCCCUUACUCUGCCAAUAGAAUCGAGCCCGGUGAAACGCUUUCCGACGAUGACAUGUUUGCUCCGAAUUUCUUUGCACAGCCCAGCUUCAAGAAAGAGAAGAAAAGUCCCAAAGAUAAGAGCCUUCGGGGAAAGCGAAAGCUACACCUAUGCAACUGGUGCGGCAUAUUCGUACAUCAUAUACCUAGCCAUGUGCUAAUCCAUAAAGAGGAAGCCACAUUUUCCUGUCCGCAUUGUUCUGUGAGAAUGAAACAAAAAGGAAACUUAUCGCAACAUAUACAAACUGUGCACUUCAAAACUGUUGGCAAGACGUGCGAGAUAUGCGGCAAAGGAUUUAUUCACCACAAAACGUAUAGGUAUCACAUGCGCACUCAUCAAGACGCAGGAGAAUCAUUCGAAUGCCAAGUAUGCUCGAAACAAUUCAGUCGCUCUAGUGGUUUAGAAGAUCAUCUUAAAAAAUUUCACAGCAUAGCAAAGAAUUUCAAAUUGGAAUUAGAUACCGUACGCCAUAUUAAGGAAGAACCACUCAACUAA